UCCAAAUCCAUCGAUGGUGUUCCAAAUCCAUCGAUGGUGUUUUGGUGGAGCUUUACGCAAUCCCAUUAUACCAACUAUCCAUAGAUUCCUGUUCCUGAGAGCCCCACCUCCUCGCUCACUGCAUUUCAUUUUUAUCUUUAAAGUUUCCUGGCGGUGUCGAAUCCUUCACAACUUUCUCUUGCUCGCAAAAAGAAAAGAAAACCAAACACAUUGCAUGCAUCUCGUUUCACCUGCCGAUGCGCUUCGUUUCCAACAAGUGAGAAAAGGGUGGAAAAAGAUUUCGGAUUUUCUCUCGGUGUGUGCCGAAAAAUUCCAUGGGAAACGUCGUGGGUAGUAGCGGCGUUAACGGUCCUCGGAGAAAUCGGAGCCGUCGGAGCCACCCGCCUCCGCCGCCACCGGCGCCGCCUCAGCCGGAGAUAUCGGCCAACCGUUACGUGUUCGCCGCCGCCACGCCGUACCCAAACCCUAGCCACCCUCCCCUCCCGUACUACCCAUACCCGAGUUCUUAUUACCCUCCGCCACCGGCCGUUCAGGUGCCUCUACCGGCUCCGUACGACCACCACCACCGAGCUGGGCCUCAUGCCCAUCCCAACCUAGACCCGUCCCAUGGCCAGGCCCAUUGGGUCGGCGGGAGGUACCCUUGUGGGCCCGUCAUGGGUCCUCUCACCCCCUGUAUCGACCACCAGAAGGCGGUUACUAUACGGAACGAUGUUAAUCUCAAGAAAGAGACUCUGAGGGUCGAACCGGACGAGGAAAAUCCCGGCCGGUUUCUCGUGUCGUUCACCUUCGAUGCCACAGUUACCGGGCGCAUCACCAUUAUUUUCUUUGCAAAAGAAGAAGGUGGAGACUGUAGCCUGACACCAAUGAGGGAAAACCUUCUUGCACCAGUGACAGUACAUUUCCAACAAGGUCUGGGCCAGAAGUUCAGGCAGUCGUCUGGAACUGGGAUUGACUUCUCAAUGUUUGAGGAGACCGAGUUACUGAAAGUGGGUGAUAUGGACGUCUACCCUUUGGCGGUUAAGGCAGAGGCAAUUCCGGUUAACAGGAAUGGUACAGAUGGAAACCCAAUACCUGUAGCCACAAACUCUCAGAUAACUCAGGCGGUGUUUGAGAAGGAGAAAGGCGAAUUCCGGGUGAGGGUAGUGAAGCAGAUCUUGUGGGUCAAUAGUAUGAGGUAUGAGCUGCAGGAGAUAUAUGGGAUUGGCAAUUCAGUUGAGGGUGACUUGGAUGGGAAUGACCUGGGAAAAGAAUGUGUCAUCUGCUUGUCAGAACCACGGGACACAACCGUCCUUCCCUGCAGACAUAUGUGUAUGUGCAGUGGAUGUGCAAAGGUUUUAAGGUUCCAAACAGACCGGUGCCCAAUAUGUAGACAAUUAGUUGAGAGGCUUUUGGAGAUUAAGGUCACCAAUGAAACUGAGGAAUGAAAAGAGGAUAUAUGAUAUAUUCGGCCACUCGAAUGCUGUAUAGCCCGGUUGUUGUCUUUCUUUCUUCUUUUUUUUCUUCUUUUUCCCCCUUUUUUUUACAUAUUUGGUUUUAGAAUUAUGAAAAGAAAUAUAUAUCUGAAAGGAGUUGGGCAUUGUAACAUGCUGACAAUGCCUUCUGUAUGCUUGGGUCAGUUGGGUGAGUGUUUAGUGGCAAUUCCUCUGGAAAAUAUAUAUGAUACAUGUUGGCAUCCUUUUA